UCCAUAUGCAUUUCGUCCUUUGGGCAUCUUGACUUUGAUUUUUUUCUUCAUCAUGGACCAAUUUAGGGGACCAUGGUCAAUUUUAUUACUUUGCUUUCUCCUUAAUUUCCCACAAAUCUACUGCGACUACUACUCCGACUAUUCACCCGAUGGAUUGGUAGACAUGCGAUCAAACCGAGUGGAAGAUCAUCCCCCCGAUCAACCAGUAGCAACGGUGACCGGGAUUGAAACUCCCCCUCCCCCUGGUCCUUCAGGGCCUCCAACACUUGAACAAAUCCACAAAGAAUACGCCCUCAAAUGGAACUCGAUUCGGGAAAAGGCUACCAGAGAGAAAGUUCCUAACGCCCAGUUUACAGCCAAAGUUCAAAGCUGCGCCGCCAAGUUGGCGAAUUGUACGAAAGAAGAUUAUGAGGAGGGAGCACUUUGCUACCUGAGAUGCUUGCUGGAAGGGAAACCAUUCCUGAAGGUGAUGUCAACCGCAAUCCGAGACACGCUUAACGACCUCUGCGCCCCCAUCCAUACCAUUUUCUACGAAGUUUUUAAAUCCGCGCAGAUUGGGGCUGGACAUUUGAAAACUUAUGCCAAAUUUAACGAAGCUUUGGGCGUUAACCCAAAUUUUGGUCAUGACACUUCAAAGUUGUCCUUGACCGUUCUGGUCGCAAUCAUAAAAUACAGCGUGACAACUUUAACCCCAUUGAGACGAGUUCUCAUGCAACUGGAGACCUCCCUCAACGCUCAACAUGAGGACAACGACUACUUGGCCAUAGUCAAUCCGACGUGUCGAGUUUUACAAAUGUAUGACGCUGUGGAAGCCAUCGCGGAAACUUUGUACAAUGACCAAGCCACGUCGGACGUUUUUACCCCCGGAUUUGCCCUGUUUUCCUCCGUCAGCAAGUACCUCUCGUCCAGGGUGACGCACCAUAUGACCGUGUUGCGUGAAGGGAUGAGGAUGUUUACCGGAAAGGCGAUGGGGUUAUCAUGCUCCGGAGAUACCCCAUCCGGAAAUUGUGACAAUUUUGGACGAUAUUCAAUUCCCGGAUUUCCAAUCCCUCCCCCCAUCGGUGGCAAUGACUAUGUCAGUAUUGCCAAUCCUGCAUGUCCACCUACUGCGUCUCCUGCUCCUGCUGGUCCUUCUGGUCCUCCCCGUCCUCUUCCUGAAUCGGACGGAUGGUUGCCCAUUCAGCCCAUUGGAAAACCAUCAAAGCCGACAGCAAAGCCAACAAAGCCACCAAUAGGAAAACACGAAGUAGACCCAGAGGAAUAAUUCAUACUAAAAUUAUUAUCAGUAGCAUAUAUGGCGACGCAUUUAAAUUUAAUAAAGAAAUAAGGCUGUUUUUCA